GUCCCAGGAGGUAUGCAAACAGACACUGACUGCCCCGUUUUCAGGGAUGCUGCGGAAGUGAUUUCCACAUCCCUCCAAGGUUACCUCACUUCUCUACUUAGCCCUGAGAAUCUCUCAGAGAGGGGAGCUUAGGACUGGGAGAAGAAUCCACCGCCAAGGGGAAAGGGUUAAGCUGGGACGGCACUCCUGUGGGCGGGCUCCCCGAUCGGCAGCGCCGGGCUCUGUUAGCCAAGUCUGAGCAUCUCGGAGGAUGCGGCGUGGAGCGCAGCUUCAGGGACGCGCGCAAGGUGAACGCGGGGGCUGCCAGCUUGGCGCCCAGGCUCAUCCGCUAAGGACCGGAAGCAGAGGGCUCGAGGCCCAGACAUCAGCGUGGAGCAUGGCCCCCAGCCCCUGGGGCUGCAUGGAUGGCCUCCUGCUGCUGUUGCCCCUGCUGUCCCUGGGGACCAGCCCUGCCCUGGGCUGGGGCCUCCCCAGACCCCUUGAGGACUCAGAACCACACUUGACCCUUGGAGCCCAUGACAAGGGCCCUCUUGACAUGGAGCGUCGGGCCUUCAACUUCUUCGGGGAGAAGCCCCGAGACGAGAGCCCCUGGAACACCAGUGUCGACCAGGUCCCUGCCGAGGAGAUGCCAGAGAGGCCGGAAGACCCCCUUGGCCCAGCCCUGCAUGGACCUAAAGCGGCCCACGGGGCUCAGAGGGAAGGGCUCCCGGUGACCGACGACCUCCAGGUGGCUCGAGGGCCAAUUUCUCAGGGCUGGACAGGACCUCCUGACUCACAGGAGCCUAUGGAGCAGGAAGCACCAAUCCCCUAUCCACUGGGGCCCCCCCACCUCCCUUUCUUUCCCACGACUCCCAGACUCCAACUCCGGCUAGCCACAGUUCCUCCCACGUCGGGGGAACCUGGAGGCCAAGUGGGACAGCUACCACCUAGAGAUGACGGUCUGUCAGCCAAAGGCAAGACCAGGGUCUCAGAGACGUUUCCCUGGGACCACAAGGGCCCUUCCCCAACUCUUGCGCCCCACCCGGAUACUGUGGCGAGGCCAGGGCUGGAAGAACAGGGUGGGGGUGAAGAGGACUUCCAGGAGGCAGCUCAAGGCCCCCUCUCCACCCAACAGGGUCCAGCAGCCCCUGAUACUGGCUCAGUAUCACCAGCUGAGGGGGCAUCCUCUCAGGAGCCUGAGUCCCAGCCAGACCUGGCACUGGCCAGAAGCCUUCCUCCUGCUGAGGAGCAGUCCAUGGAGCUGCCCAAGAUGGCUGGAGGUGGGGAGGCCUGGGAAGUCAGUUUUUCAAGUCCCUCCCCCAAACAGGCUCACCUCCCUGAUGUCAGGGGCUCACCAGGACCUCAGCCAUCUGAUCCUCCAGUCUCAGAGACUUCUGAUGGGCAGCCCAAGCCAGAGUUGGCAGCAGUGAAUGGAGCAGAUCCCAUCUCCCCUCAGCGGGUGAGAGGUGCAGUGGAGGCCCCAGGUACCCCCAAGUCCCUCAUCCCUGGCCCCCUGGACCUUGGCCCAACUGCAAACCGAACAGAAAGCCCUGUGGGAUCCCUGAAGCCAGAUGAAGCCGAGGAGUGGCCGGGGCGCCCCCAAAGCCAUCCCCCAGCACCCCCUGUCCAGGCCCCCUCGACGUCUCGCCGGGGCCUCAUUCGGGUCACCACGCAGCGCGCCCUGGGCCAGCCACCCCCUCCGGAGCCCUCAGCCAGCUCCACGGCAUCAGUCCCUGCCUCCAGCCCCCCAGCUAACGCCACGGCACCCCCUCUGCGCUGGGGUCCCCUGCGACGGGUGCUGAGCUUUUCCUGGGAGCUGCACGUUUACGGGGUGGGGGUGCUCUUCCUGCUGCCCGCGUUGUUGGCACUGGCGUCGCUGGCAGCCGCCCCUGCUGGGCCCCGGCUGGCGCUGGUAGCGGCGGUGCUGGUACUGGUAGCGGCGGGGCUUCGGUCCGCCUACAUGCUCACCGACCCGUAUGGCUCGCAGGCACGGCUGGGUUUGCGCGCCGGCCUGGUGCUCUACAAUCUGCCCUUCCCCUUGCUACUCACCGCGCUGGCGGCCCUGACCUUGCUGGGUCUGGGCGUGGGCCUGCCACAGCAGCUGCAGAACCCGCUCCUCCUGGGAGCGCUGGCGUUGGCGCACGGCUUGGGGCUGCUCGCCACAGACCUGCUGUCGGCGAGGCCUGCGCUCAACCUCCUGGCCCAGGGUUUAUCGUGCGCCUGGGGCGCGGCCGUGGCUCUGGGCACUCUCUGUCUGUGCCGUCGCCGCCUGUUGGACGGGCCGAGGGGCUGGGAUGCCAGCCCGGGCCCCAGGCUGCUGGCCGUGGCCGGCGCGCUGGGGCUGCUGGCCAGCGGCUUGCAGCUGGCGGCGGCGCUCUGGUUGUACCCGGGCCCGGGCCGGGUGGGCCGCUUCUCGUGGGCUUGGUGGGGCGUCCACUUCUGGCUGCGCCUACUGGAGCUGACAUGGGCACUCACCCUGGCGCUGGCCGCUCUGGCCUCCGCGCGGCCCAGGCCGCCCACAGAGCACGCUUGCUGGGCUAAGCUGCUGCGCCUGGCGUGCCCCACGCCCUCUAGCAAGAGCGAGGUGCCGGAGCGGCCCAACAACUGCUACGCGGGGCCCAGUGGCGUCAGCGCAGGUACCCUGGACAUCAGCAAGAGCCUCAUCCGCAAUCCGGCGGAGGGUGGGCCUCCAGCCACGCCCAGCUCCGGCGCCUGGGGUUCGGCUGCGUCACUGAGCCGCGGUCCCCAGGGUGGCCCCGGACUGUCCCGCAGCAGCGUGGGGCCGGCGCCAUCGAUAAGCGAGCUGGACCUGCGGCCGCCAUCACCCAUCAACCUGAGCCGCAGCAUCGAUGCCGCGCUCUUCCGGGAGCACUUGGUGCAAGACAGCGUCUUCCGACGCUGCGGCCUCCGCUGCCUGGCCUCCCCGCCGCCCGGGGGCGCGCUGCGGUCGCGCCGGGGCAGCCACCCCGACGCGGAGCUCGACGGCUUGGGUUCUUCGCUCCUCCGAGGUCGAAGCCGGUCGCUCAGCGACGUGCGCAUGCGCGGCCCGGUCCCGCCACACGUGGUGGACGAAGUUGACGCGGCAGCUUCCGGCAGCUCCGUGGACAGCUUCUCCCGGGGCUCGCUCAAGAUCAGCUGGAACCCGUGGCGUCACGGGCUGUCGUCGGUGGAUAGUCUGCCUCUGGAUGAGCUGCCCAGCACAGUGCAGCUACUGUCUACCCCAGCUCCUGCCCUGGCUCCUGCGCGGUCUGGGGAGCCCCAGAAUGGGGUCCAGCCUCGCUGCAAGACGGGAGACUCGCGCAGCGCCUCCAGUGACACCAUCGAGCUUUGAGGGGUCCAGAAACUCAGGACCAGGGCCCCUCCCUCGGAGCCCUAGCGCAAACCUUCUGGGACUUUGAGCAUUUGAAAGACAUUCCAGGAGUAUUCCUGGGCCUCCAACUGAAUGCAUCCUCCGAAGACAGCCAGACAUGAACCCACCCCCAGCCCAGGAUUUUUGUUUUUUAAAAUAUCUCUAUUUUUUUCAGCGGGUAUUUUGCACAGAGGCCGAGACUUAUACGGAAUACAGGGUGGACAUGCACGGAUUUGAGGAUGGGGAACAGGGUACAAGUGCCCGAAAACAUCCCCUCCAGAUUCCCCAGGGUGAAGAUGAGUCUUGCUUGUCCAGACUGUCCUCUUUGUGCCAAAGAAAUAAACCCUUAGGACUUGGC